AUGCCUCCUACAAACCAAUUCGAAGAUUCGGAUGAAAGCUGGUCUACUUCAUCAGUUGAAGAACGAUUAGAACUUUCGCAAAAUAAACGAGCAGGAAAGAGGGGUAAAAUUUCCAUCAUAGCCUGUGACCGACGACGAACUGCGAAUGUUCAAGAUUUCCAACAGUUUAUUGAUAGAUUGGUGGUUAUUGAAGAUCAAUUGAAAAAAUUAAUAAGUGAUCUUAAAGAAUUCUUUGAAUCAACAAAAAAUCAAGAAGAACCUGAAUUUUUUGGUGAUGAAUUCAGAUUCGAAAUCUUGAAUUUUUGUAAUAAAUCUUCAUAUGAUUUCGAAGACCAAAAAUCCUUAGAAGAUCCUUCAAAUCCUUCGUCGGCUUCACUUUCGGAAGCAAAAGAACAAUCUGACGGAACUUUUUCGACUUUGUAUUUGUCACCAAGAGGCCCCCAUGUUACUCAUUUAUUUUCUAAAGACGAAGGCAUAUCUGAAAACUUUCAAUUUCAACCACCAACUCCUCCUAUACCAACUCCUCCUAUAAACCAAUAUGAUCAAAAUCCAAUGAUAGCCGAUG